AAUGUGUGGGCUGAAACGCUGUGCGGCUCCUUGGUGAGAGGCACACUUACUGAGAUGCAGUCUGAGGAGUCCUGACGAGACAACUUCCACCUGCUGGAGGAGGGGCUGGGGCGGAGCUAAGAUGCGGAGGAAGGUGACGCACCAGCUCUCCCGUUCGCCCGCUCCAAGCCUGACCCCACCGAGGCCCACACUGCAGUAGGCUCCUCGCGCUGCCUCUCGGUGAGUACAGCUUUGAUGUGGCCUCGGCCGCCUGCCGCUAGCCCGAGAUUUGGUUAAAAAUGGUCUCCAGGAUGGUCCUUACCGUGCUAUCUGGCCUACUGUUUUUGCUGGCAUCUGGAUGGACUCCAACAUUUGCUUACAGCCCCCGGACCCCUGACAGGGUCUCAGAAACAGAUAUCCAGAGGCUGCUUCAUGGCGUUAUGGAGCAAUUGGGCAUUGCCAGGCCCCGCGUGGAAUAUCCAGCUCACCAGGCCAUGAAUCUCGUGGGCCCACAGAGCAUCGAAGGUGGAGCUCAUGAAGGGCUUCAGCAUCUGGGUCCUUUCGGCAACAUCCCCAACAUCGUGGCAGAGUUGACUGGAGACAACAUUCCUCAGGACUUUAGUGAGGAUCAGGGGUACCCAGACCCUCCAAAUCCCUGUCCUGUUGGAAAAACAGUAGAUGAUGGAUGUCUAGAAAACACCCCCGACACCGCCGAGUUCAGUCGAGAGUUCCAGUUGCACCAGCAUCUGUUUGAUCCGGAACAUGACUAUCCAGGCUUGGGCAAGUGGAACAAGAAACUCCUUUACGAGAAGAUGAAGGGAGGAGAGAGACGAAAGCGAAGGGUAACACGCGGCUGGCUGGGCUGUUGCUGGGAUGCUUGGAGUUUUCUGAGUGGGGAAGCAAACAGGCUGGAACCCUCACUUGCUGGGGAGUCAGAAUCCUCCCUUGUGCAGUCCUGAGAAACACUGGUCUCUGUGAUGAGGGCCACGCCCAGAAAGUCUGCCCUUGCUUUCUGCAAUGGCUCUCCCAAGCUUUAGCUGAUGGUUUUUAGUGGAACUCCCAGUGUGUGGUGAUUCCAUCACCUCCAUUUCCUUCAGGAAAGGUGUAUUGCUUCCCCCAUCAGUGUGGUAGAUAUCUGGGGAGACAUGAGGGUCUGUCUGCCCUCCUAGGGUCCGUAGGCCCUUGGGGAAAACUAAUCACACAUCUGUAUCAGUUCUAUAAAAACACAGGACAGAAACAGGGAAGUGCUGAGCUGCAUGCUCCAGGAAAUAGUUUUGAAGGAAUUUGAGAGUAAAAGAAGAGAUGAGCAAACCUUAUUUCUCCUAUAUAUCUUUUUUCUUGGCCUAGCCUGACUGAUGUAAGAUCUGCUAUAUCUAUAAUAU